AUGAAAAAUAAAAUUGAUAAGAUAUCAGUCGUGUCACCGUACAAGACAAUAAAAACGAGAAAUUUGAUAACGGAAAUUUUAGCAGAAGGAACUCCAAAAAAGGGUUUGAUUAUGUUUAAUAAUAAAAUGUUAGCUAUAAGAAGAUGGAAUCUUCAGGGGAUAACCAUUCGAAGUUCUUUCGUUAUUACAGAUUUAAACAGUUUAAAACAUUUGGAUGAUUUUGUCGACAAACACAUCGAUACGACAUCAAAAUUAGCUCAUGCGGCAAUUAAUUUGUUGAAAACAUUAUUCAAUAUCAGCAUAGAAUUUAAAAUUCAAGACGCUUGGGGAACGCCGCAAAAGAACAAUACGUGGUCAGGUAUGAUAGGAGAUUUACAAAGAAAAGAAGUGGAAAUAGGAGGUUCGCCGGUAUUUUUUCAAAAAAGCAGACUUGAUAUUAUAGAAUAUUUCGGAUUCAUGACACCAACAAGAAUUGCUUUCAUACUUAUUUCUCCACCGCUUUCUCAUUCUAGUAAUAUAUUUACUUUACCAUUUGCCCAAACUGUUUGGUUUUCUUGUUUCGGCCUCUUUACUCUGGGUUGUUUUCUAUUGUUUUUUUCCAUUAAUAAAGAAUUCACUCAAGAAUAUUUAGAAAAUUCGAAUGAACCUAAAAAAAAAAUUACUUUAAGUGAUAUCGUCGUUUAUAAUGUAGGAGCCAUUUGUCAACAAGGUACGGCAGCAGAAACGCAACAUCCGUCGAGCAGAAUAAUAACUCUUUUUAUUUAUUUGGCUUACAUGUUUUUAUACAUAUCAUAUUCUGCAUCGAUCGUCGCCAUAUUACAAUCCUCCGACAAAUCAAUACAAACCCUAUCGGAUUUAUUUAAUAGUUAUUUAGAAGUGGGAGCAGAUAAUGUUUCCUACAGUCAGUAUUAUUUCAAGUCGGCAAACGAUACGUUUCGAAAAAAAUUUUAUAAAGUUAAAAUGGCGUCAAAAAAAAAUUCUAAUUUUAUGUCACCCGAAGUCGGCGUGGAAAAAAUUCGUCACGGUUAUUUUGCUUUUCAAACGGAAGUACCCGUCGGGUAUCAGCUAAUACAAAAAACAUUUAACGAAAAUGAAAAAUGCGGAUUGCAAGAAAGUAAAGCUUUUUUCGAAGUUGGCGAACCUGGUCUUGUUAUGAAAAAACAUAGCCCAUAUAACGAAUUAUUUAGAAUCGGAACGUUAAAAUUAGUCGAAAGAGGUUUCAAAACGAGGUAUACGAAAAAAUAUUAUGUAUCGAAACCGAUUUGCGGAUCUAAAAGUUCAAGAUUUUUCAGCAUAGCACUCGUAGAUUGUCAUCAGGCAUUUUUAACACUCGUUUGGGGAAUGAUAACGGCCGUUACCAUAUUUUUUUUUGAAAUUUUAUACGAUAAAUUUAAACGACAUCAAAACAAAAAAAAAAAAAAAACAAAAAAAUAA